UAUUGCCAUUGACUAAGCGCCUUCCUACCAAGUCCAAUCUAUGACCUUAUUUGCAAACCCGAGAAAAACUUUGCAUAAACUCUUCCCUUCUAUUAUUGUUAUUCUCAAAUUUUCUCAUGGUUUAGCUCUAAACUCUCAAAAUCUCACUAAACACAGCUUCUUAUUCAUAGAUCCUUCUCGUCCAACUUCCCAUUUCCACGAUCCAGUAAACCCAUCAAAGUUUUAUUGGGAUUUCUCUCAUUUUAUUUCUUUCUGAUUGGGUCAACGUAUAUUUCGAUUCCCUCUAUCCAAGUCAAGGGGCUCCAGAGUUAGGACUCUGUUGUUGUUGUUAUGAUUACUGUAUUAUGAGCGUGUAGUUUUUGAAUUUAUUAUGAUGAAUUUGGGUGCUUAAAUGGAGCGAAAGAUGUGGGCGAUCUGGCGCUUUGCUUUUUUCCGGUUGAUUUUGCUGUUUUAUAUUGUUUACAGAGUUUCUGGUAAUGCUGAAGGCGAUGCCUUGAACGCAUUGAAGACCAAUUUAGCUGAUCCUAACAAUGUUCUACAAAGUUGGGAUCCUACCCUUGUCAAUCCCUGCACUUGGUUUCAUGUUACAUGUAAUAGUGAAAAUAGUGUUACUCGAGUUGACCUUGGAAAUGCAAAUCUAUUGGGUCAACUGGUUCCACAGCUUGGUCAGCUUUCAAAUUUGCAGUACUUGGAACUUUAUCGUAAUAACAUAAGUGGAAGAAUUCCGGAUGAGCUUGGGAACUUGACGAACUUGGUGAGCUUGGAUCUUUACUUGAACAAUCUAAGUGGUCCAAUUCCAGUGACAUUGGGCAAGCUUCAAAGACUCCGUAUCUUGCGUCUCAACAACAACACCUUGUCAGAGACAAUUCCCAUGUCUUUGACUACCAUUGGAACCUUGCAAGUCCUGGAUCUCUCAACCAACAGACUUACAGGAGAUAUUCCUGUCAAUGGCUCCUUUUCCUUGUUCACUCCCAUCAGUUUUAACAAUAAUCUCCUCAAUAAACUUCCAGCUUCAGCUCCUCCUCCAUUGACUCCAUCCACACCUACUCCUAGUGCCGGUUCGUUGAUAAGAGAUUUUUGCCGACUAAUUGGUCGAGAAUCUCUUGAUCGCAGGCAAAAAGAGAAUUUGUUGGAUUGUAGCUGAUAAUAGUAACUUUCUUAUGGAAACUUGCCCUGAAAUUAAGAAGACGAGUCUAUUCGAUCUGAGGCCAAUCUGUAGUGAAGCAGACCUGAAGCGUCUAGAUGUUCUUUUCUCUCGAUUCUGAAUACUAUGGUCAUCCAAACCUUCCUUUUUGUGGAGUGAGACUGUAUAUUAAUUAUAUCACAUUUUUGUUACAUGUCUCUAUUUUAUGGUAACAACACAUUGCCCUUCUAUAUAUAAGAAUAAAUAUUUAACUAGUUUAACUAAUAUUUAUAAUAUUUUAUAUUUAUUUAUUAUUUUAAAUAAUUUAUUGGUGUAAAUUUUAAUUUAAAAAUUAUAGUUAAUAUUUUUAAAAGAUGACAGUUAAAUAAAAAAACACAAAUUAAUAACCCUAAUUGUAAAAAUUAAAAAUAAAAAAGAACCUCUGCUUAUAGAGAUGAUAUAAAAUACAGUCAAUAAACAUUUUAUUAACUACUUAUUAGCUUGAUUAUUUUUUUUCAAACAUUUAUUAAAUAUUUCAAUUAAAUUAUUUGGAUGCCCUAUCAAUUUAUAAAAAUUUAAAUAACUGAACUAAAUAUCCCUUAAUUUUGCAUGCUAUGAUUAUUAUUAUUAUUAUUAUUAAGUUGAAUUUCAUUAACAACAGACGUUUAAUAAGAAAAAAAAUCUAUUUUUUGCCCCUAAACUUUAGGGAAAUGGUUAAUCAUGCCCAAAUUAAGUUGUUGGAUAAUUUACCCAAAAAAGUUUCUUAUUUAAGAUGAAAUUAAUUAAUUUUU